AUUGUUUUUACAAGACUAAAUGUUGGUGAUAGCUGCUUCUCGCAUGCUGUGGCCCUUGCUGAGGGCGCAUUUUUGACCAAGCUAUCUCCCAGCAUCAAGAAAAAGAAUUCAGCAGGAAUGGAUGAAGACGUCCCUGUGAUCCCACCUCCUUCAGAUGACAUAUCCAUGGGUGAGAUUGAUGCCAGUGCUGACGAUGAAGACACGGAAGAUGGAAUUGAGGCUCUUAUCCGAGAGGCUGACACUGCAUGUGCAAACCUACCUGCUGGUUCAGAGCAGGUAAAAGUAGUUUCAGGACUUCUACUGAAGGUUCGACGGUCCCCGCAAGCCAAAAAGUACUUCAAGAAGUGCUGUGAAGAUGCACUCGAUCAAGAGCUCGAGCUUCUGCCAUACUGUAAGACUCGAUGGGGCUCAUGGAAUGGUGUUAUAGCUCGAAUGCUAUUACUCAAGAAAGCCGUCAAAAUAUUUAUCAACACUGCAGACGAUUCGGAUGAUGUACCCAAUGUCGACAAAAACCAGCGGAAGUAUGCAAGUUAUCGUGUGUCAGACACGGAAUGGGAUCUCCUCACUAUGAUCCGGAAGGUGUUAGCUGCAGCAGCUGAUGUACAAGAAGCCUUCUCGGCUGAAUACUAUCCAACUGUCUGGCGAAUUCUUCCGCUUUACGAGGACUUCAUCGUCCGGUGGCAAACAUUCUCCAAAGACCCUAAGAUGGCAGUGCUUCGACAUGCUAUUCACGCAGGUAUCACGAACCUCGAAAAGUACUACAAUAAGACCGACAAUUCCCCUGCGCACAUUGUUUCUAUGUGUUCGUUGAAACACCACUUAUGUUGACUUCGAGGCUGAUUGGUAUUUUAUUCUAGAUCUCAAUCCCUGCAUCAAGGACGAAUAUUUCAAUGUUGCAUGGACCGAAGAAGGCCAA